AUGGUUGGAGAAGCUUUAUUUCAAGAACCUGAUUUGUUAUUAAAAUCAGAUGUUUAUGUUGAUUUAAGUUUUGAUACGUUGGUUUGGUUACUUCAACGAGAUGAUCUGUCAAUGAGUGAGAUGAAAAUCUGGAGGCAUAACAAUCAAGACUCUGAUGACUUUCAAAAGGUUAUAGACCAAAUAUUGUCUUAUAUUCGUUGGUGUCAAAUUGAACAGAAAUUUCCAACAAGAAUAUCACCAACGCUCGUUACUUCUCAACAAGCUGCAAAAAUUGCAAGUUGGAUCGAUGAGUUUGAUCUUGAUACAUCCAAAGAAUUUUAUGAUAUCCCAUAUGAUUUCAACUUGGUUGUUAGAGAUAGCAGAAACGAAAGCUUUUAUCAAAAGCACAUUUUCACAGCAUAA